GAGUCGCUCGAUGCUGGGCGGUCUCUCCACCCGCUCCCCAGCGCUCCUCCCGUGCCCCGGCGGAGAGGAGAUUGGGAGUCUCCGCGUUGGGGGCGGGCUCGGGUCCGGUUUAAUCUCCGGCUCCGCCGGGAUUACGGUCGCAGGAUAGUCUCUAAUCCGCGGCACCGGCCACCGGGGGCUGCUCGCCCCAGCCCGCAGCAGAGGCACCGCGGACAGGGGGCAGAGCCUGAGUAGAAACCAUAGCAAGCCCAGCUGUCUCCCAGCCAUGGAUACCACGGACGUGCCCCUCCAGGCCGAGAUGGUGGAGCUGGUGCCCAAUGGGAAGCACACGGCUGCACUCUCCGCCUCCACUGUCCCCUCACUGGCGGGUGACAGAUUUGAGGAGAACCAGACUGGCGUGGCGGAGAUGGAGGAGUUCCUGCCCCACGGUGCCGAGAAGAAGCAGACACACUUCACUGAUUUUGAAGGGAAGACGUCUUUCGGGAUGUCCGUCUUCAAUCUGAGCAAUGCCAUCAUGGGCAGCGGCAUCCUGGGGCUGGCCUAUGCCAUGGCCAACACCGGCAUCAUCCUCUUCCUCUUCCUCCUGUCAGCAGUGGCCCUGCUCUCCAGCUACUCCAUCCACCUGCUGCUCAAGUCCUCAGGCAUUGUGGGCAUCCGCGCCUACGAGCAGCUGGGCUACCGAGCCUUCGGCACGCCGGGCAAGCUGGCUGCAGCCAUCGCCAUCACGCUGCAGAACAUCGGAGCCAUGUCCAGCUACCUAUAUAUCGUCAAAUCUGAAGUGCCUCUGGUCAUCCAGACCUUCCUGAACCUGGAGGAGAAGACCACGGACUGGUACAUGAAUGGGAACUACUUGGUGAUCCUGGUUUCUGUCACCAUUAUCCUGCCCCUGGCCCUCAUGAAGCAGCUGGGCUACCUCGGCUACGCCAGCGGCUUCUCCCUCAGCUGUAUGGUCUUCUUCCUCAUCUCGGUCAUCUACAAGAAGUUCCAGAUCCCCUGCCCACUUCCAGAACAGGAGGGAAACAUCACGGGCAUCCUCAAUGCCACCACUGUCAGCACUAGUGACUACCAGAAUGGCUACACAGUCCUCCAGGCCCCUGAGCAGGUCACUUGCACACCCAGCUUUUUCACCCUGAACUCACAGACAGCGUACACCAUCCCCAUCAUGGCCUUCGCCUUUGUCUGCCACCCUGAGGUCCUGCCCAUCUACACUGAGCUGAAGGAUCCCUCCAAGAAGAAGAUGCAGUGCAUCUCCAACAUCUCCAUCAUGGUCAUGUACCUCAUGUACUUCUUGGCUGCCCUCUUUGGCUACCUCACGUUUUACGACUCUGUGGAGCCAGAGCUGCUGCACACGUACAGCAAGGUGGACCCCUUUGAUGUGCUCAUCCUGUGUGUGCGUGUGGCUGUGCUGACAGCUGUCACCCUCACUGUCCCCAUCGUCCUCUUCCCGGUGCGUCGGGCCAUCCAGCAGAUGCUGUUCCAAGGGAAAGACUUCAGUUGGAUCCGCCACAUCGCCAUUGCCGUGAUCCUGCUGACCUUUAUCAACCUCCUUGUGAUCUUUGCCCCCUCCAUUCUCGGCAUCUUUGGCUUGAUUGGUGCCACCUCUGCUCCCUGCCUCAUCUUCAUCUUCCCUGCCAUCUUCUACAUCCGCAUCAUGCCCAAGGACAAGGAGCCGCUGCGCUCUGCCCCCAAAAUAUUGGCUGCCUGCUUUGCCCUCCUCGGGGUGGCCUUCAUGAUCAUGAGCUUGAGCUUCAUCAUCAUCGACUGGGCCACGGGUGGGGGGAAGAGCGGCGGCAGCCACUAGCCACUACCGGGUGCCCACGCCAACCUCCCCCCCACCCACCCGGUGCCCCAGGGAGAGCCGACCCCGGGCUCAGCCCCCAUGCUGCAGCCCCACCAGGAUUCUCUGGGGACUUCUGCUGUUGCUGCCCAUCACCUGUGGUGAUGGUGAGAGGGCAUGAGCCAUGGCAGGCAUGGAGACUCCUCAACCUGUGUUUGGGAUGGGGCAGUGAGCCCGGGGCAGGUCCUGUGCCCCCCAGCCACUCCAGCGGGCACCCUCCCUGCUCUGCGUCUCAGUUUCCCCAUCUGUAAAAUGGGGAGAAUAAUACUGCCCUACCUCACCCGGAGCUGGCUGUCAGGUGGAGCUCUUCUGCACCCCAAGAGCCGCCAGCAGCAGGCACUGCCAGGGGCGCAGGGCACGGCCUGCCGUGGGGACCGAGGACCAGGCACUUUCCUGGCCCCCCCAGAUAGCAUCAAGAGCCUGAUGAACAGUGUCCAUGGGGCUGGAAUCCAGCGGGGCAGUCGGACCUGUGACAGCACCUGUCCUCAAGCCACCCGCCCUCUCCCUGCCAUUCCCCAGUCCCCAAGGAGAUGCCACCCACUGCCCUGGCAUCACGGGGAAACCCCGGUCCCUGUGGGCAAGUGUGGUCCUUAUGCUGUGGCUGGUGGUACCCAGCCUGCUGCUCCUGAGCCUGCCAGGGGAACUGUUGGCUCCUGGUGCCUGCGGAUGGGACCCUGCUGACCCCUAGGCCGUGUAUGGGGAUCAGCUGCAUUGCUCCAGGGAAGUGGCAUGCACGCCAUGGGCUUUGCAUCCACUGGAAUCCUGCUGGGGGCCUGGUGCACCGGAGGGGCAUGAGGGGGAUUUGGGGAGGGCUGGGGGCAGCACUCACUGGGGGCAAGCUAAGGGCUCUGUAGGCACCCCUUGUCUGCAUGCCCAGAUGCCUGGGUCAUGGGCAUCCCAGCAACCCAAGCUGUCCCUGCUCGCCUUGCACCCUGGGCCAGUACUCGGACCCCCGCAGCCCUCACCCAUCCAUCCACCCAUCCAUCUACCCAUCCAUGCCGCUGGGAUGCCCCAAACCAUGCCAAAACCCGGAAAGCGGCUCUCCCACCCCCCGCCUCCCCUCCCAGUACGGAGGGCAGCCCGGCAGGGUGGGCAGCACGGGGUGAGUGGGUCUGUCCUGCGGCAAAGUACAUAAGAGACGUAUUUUUUUAUGAGGUGGUGGAGGCUGGGAUGCUUUUUAUAAAUACUGUACAUAAGAGUAGAUAUUUUUUAACGUGUUGUGUUGCUCUGGGUAGCUCUGUAUAAUGUACAUAUCAUAUGGGGGGCACUACUGCAGACUCUCACCAUCACCCCGGGUGUGCCGGCUGCAGUGUGGCCCUGCUGUUCCUGUCAUCAGCCUGGCUGCCCCAGGGAGCACGCCUGACACUUGUAAAUUAUUGGUGGGGGUGAUGCUGGUGGUGGCGGGAGGCCAGCGGUGAGAAUAAAGAUGUGAAUGUGCCCAGA